AUGGGUGAACCUGGAUCUGACUCCGAGUUUGAAGCCUUGCCUUUUUAUGUUGGUGAUAAAUCUUGCUGUGAAUUGGGUCAUGGAGUGUUCAUACAGAAAUCACUGCAUAAGCCUAAAACAGAUGUUGAUCCCUGUGAAGUGUGGUGCAGUCAGCCAGCUGAUUUAUUAAGAGAAUAUUGCAAUGUUAUUAAAAUACGCAUCUUUUGGCCUCUUCUCUUCAAAAGUGAAAGUAAUUCUGUGGUAUCCGAUUGGAGCAGUUCACAGAUUUUAGACCGGAAUUGGAAGAGACUCUGUGAUUUAGAGGUUUUGGAAGACCUUGUUGAUUUAAUUAAAAAAAUUGUUAAUGUUCCGCCUUUUAUCUGUGGCAUACUGAAAAUUGGCAGCAGAAUAGAAAAAGGUGUCUUUGAUGUUGGGGAUGCACUUCAUUGGGUCAGAUGUGCAGGUGAUGUCGGUAUUCUACAGAGGCUGGAGAAACUUGGUGAUUUUGGUUUGAUCUAUCUUGAAAUUUUAUUUGCUGAAUGCAAACGUUAUAUUACUAAAGUUGCUUUGGAAGAUUGUAAUUUAAUUGAAGAAUUUAAAGCUGUGACCUGUGAAAACUGUAGGAAGAACAGUGAAUCUAUGAAACAGAAAGGAAAUGAGGAAUUUUCACAAGGAAACUUUGAUCUUGCUAUAAUAUCAUAUACUAAAGCCAUAGAGUUUUGUCCUGCAAACCACCUUCUGUAUGGAAACAGAGCUCUUUGUUUAAUUCUCACAAGGCAGUACAAGAGAGCCCUUGCUGAUGGAAAAAGAGCCAUUAUUUUGAAGCCUAAUUGGCCAAAGGGUCACUACCACUUCUGUAAGGCGCUGUCUUUACUGGGGGAACACGAACUGGCUUUGGAAGCUAAUGAGAGAGCUCAGGAACUAUGCAAGAAUAUUCUUGAUGGACUUAAGGAUCUUAUUCAACAGAAUGACAAGUUAAAGAAGACAUUAGAAGAAAUUAAUGGUAUUAAGCAAGAUAAACAGAAACCAGAGAAGUUGCUCCUUGACAAAAAAGACUGCAGUUCUUCAGAAUCUCAUUUAAUAAUGUCUCAAGAACAAAAAGAAAUAGAAGACAGAAAGAUAACACAGUCUGAUCUUAAAGAUCAUCAUUGUCAUCAAAAACACGAUACCAGGGUAAGUUAUGCUACAGCUGGCAUUACAAGAUUAACAGUGACUGAUGUCCAAAGAACAGAAAGCAAAGGUUGGUCUCUGGAGUUUCCACCAAGCCGAAGUCAUCAAAACAAAGGAGGGCCAAAAACCAAACAUGGUGACUCUGAAAAGACAAGAGAUCACCUUGAUUUGAAGAUAGAGUCUAAAGCAAUCCAAGAUAAACUCUUCUGUACUGCGCAACAGGUGGAUUUAACUAUGUUGGCAGAACAGGUUAAAUCCCUUGUUUAUAACGGUUAUACAGCCUUGAUGGACCAGCGGUGUGUCAGUGCCGAACAAACUUUCUCACAGUUGUUGAACAUUCUCAAUCCUUCAGAAUUAAAGCAACUGAAUCUUCGUAUUAUUAAUUAUGUUGUAAUCAUCUAUGGACAUGCUACUGCUCUUCUUGGAAUAGGACAACCUGAGGCAUUGAUAAAGGCUGAAGACCAGUUUAAGAAAAUAAUUGAAGAGUUCCAGGAAGAAAGAUGUGGUUGUUUGGCAUACUAUGGAAUUGGAAAAAUAUACCUCAGACAAAACAGAUUUUCAGAUGCACUUGAUCAGUUCAUGAAAUCACGAACAAUGGUUAACCACAAGAUUGUACCUGGAGUAUUAACUUGGCCCACAACAUCUCAGGUCAUUGAAGAAACACGAACAGAGAAUUUACAGUUGAUCUUAAAGAAUUGUAUUGAGGAAUGCAAGUUCCCUCCAGAACCAGAUGCAGUUUGUCGAUAUCAGCAAUGCCAUGGACACUCCAAAAUCCAAAUAUAUUUUACGGACCCAGACUUUAAGGGUUUUAUACGUAUUACUUGCUGUGAGCAAUGUAGAGUGGAGUUCCAUAUCAGCUGUUGGAAAAAGUUGAAAAUGACAAACUACAGUGAUAAAAAUGAUAAGGAUUUUCUUCAAGAGAUGUGUUUCACUCCGGAUUGUACAGGCCUUAUUUCAAAAAUAGUUAUUUUCAGUUCUUCUGGUCUGGUAAAAUGUGAACUUGAACAAAAAAUCACAAAACCCAAGGAACCCCCAAGAGCCAGUAUUAAACAGAAAUGUUCAAGUCUUAGGAAGUUAAAAAUGAAACAAGAAAAAAAAUUACAAAGAAAACGUGCACGAGAAGAGGCACAGAAUUCUGCUAAAAAGAAAAUAGAAGAAAACCAGAUAGGAAAUGAACGAUCUCAAUACAUUGAUCACAGUGGUUAUGCUCAGGAUUUAUAUGCUGGUGAUCGCGUCCUGCAGUGUAUCAGUCAAAAUGCUAAGCAAAUAAAAACAGCUGUUCAUGAUGUUUCCAAACUAUUAGAGGAAUUACUUUCAUGGUUUGUAAUCAGUGAGGAGGAUUACCCAUCAUAUUCCAAAACUAGCAGCAUGUCACAUGAAGUGAUGGAGCAGCUCAUCAGUUACUUAACUAAGGAAAAAAACAGAGUGAAAACAAGGGGUUUUAUCCAGGUGCUGAGUGAGCUGGAAGAAGUGGAUCCCAAAGUACACAAGUGGUUGAAACAUCUUAACGACCUGGGUCUGACAGCUACGAAGAACUUUCUCCUUCAAUAUGGACAUUUUUUAAAAGAGCUUGACCUUUCUGUUUUAACCACACUCUGGAAUGAGAAGUAUGGUAGCAAAUUUGACUAUGUGACUAGUUCUGAAGAAAAAGAAAUUCAUGAUUAUUUCUUAAAACCACCCCUUGAGAAAACCCGUUGUUUUAUAUGGCUGUUAGAAGACAACAGAGAAAAUUAUCCAUUUCUUCAUCAAGCUUUAGAUGAAUUCUUUAAUAAAAUGGAUGACCCUACCAUUAUAUUAAAGAAGCAGGGAAAUGAAAAUAUAUCGACUAAUGGUAUCAAAGUUAAAAACAAAAACAAGAAGAAGAACUCAAAAGACUUGAGGUCUAUUUUAGUAUUAUCCAGUGGAGUUAGUACAGCACCACAAGAAGAUAAGACAUCUAUAGAAGAAAAUACUUUAGAUUUUACAAAUUCUGAUGAACCAUUUGUAAUCCCAGAAUAUCUUCAGCAGCAAUUAGAGGAAUUUGAAGCUCUCCGUGACAUUUCAAAUAGUAACAGUUAUCAAAUAUUUUUGGAUAAUAACCCAGCUCAAACCUGUGAGAGCUUAUAUGAAUAUUUCUCUCAAAUCUUGGAACAAUACGGCCCUGUGGAAAUUAAUAAUAAAGUACUAGUUGGGGAAUUCUAUGAAAAUUUCCCUGAAGAAGCUCGAAAGAUUGUAGAAGAUGAAGGUGGUCUGAAAUCUUUUCUUCUGAAAUCCCGUAAUUUCAGUAUGGUGGAUAAUCUUAUUGGCUUAAGAAAGCAUGCAGUUCUUAUUAAGGAAAAUACAAACCAAAACGGGACUGGAGAUAACGAAGAAGAAAACGGUAUAGUCCGUGAUGUGCAAGAAGAUUCGCCUUAUAACAAGCUACAGUUAAAUCCAGCUGCUAAGGAAUUCAAACCGCUGUCUUAUCCUAAGCAACCCCAUAUAUCAACCUGUACUGACUCAACAGUAGCAAGUUAUGAGACUCCACAAUAUUUGCCCUGGUCUUUUCCUACUUCAUGUAAAGCGAUGCAUUCUUUGCAUAGUCAGAAUACUGAUACCAUAGAAAAUGAGCUGUCGUUUUCAGAUAUUUUCCUCAAGUGCUUUGAUUCUAAAAAUCCCCGUAUAUUUUUGCCUCAAACUUCCUGGGGUUAUCGAUACGAAAGAAUAUUGCCAGUGCCUUCUCAAAUGCAUCUCAUGUCAAAUGUUGCUGAGCAACCCAGUUAUAUUUAUGCUGAUCGUGUAGCUCAUCAGGAUAACGAUGAAUCAGCAAUUUCAGACAGAAAAUGUAUCUCCAGCAGUUUUAUACCAACUGAAAUACAAACAUAUGAAGACCCUUACUGCCAAUGGGAGAACUUGGAUAACACAUUUUAUGAAGACAAUUUUGCUGUUACAAAUAGUACAAAUGAAGCUGAAUGUGGUAUACAGGUUAUUAAGACAGAAGAAGAAAGCAGAGUUAUUCCUCUAAUGAAAAACAAUCCUCAUACAAAGAUGAUAGCAGUUCAGGUAAAUCAUGAAGUAGCUGAUGGAGAAACUAAUACCUUGCCUUUUCAUCCAUUUGAAAUGCAACAAGGAGAUAUUCUGCGUAUGGAAAAAGAGCAUCAAGUGUUAAAAGAACAACUUAAAGAAGCACAGGAGAAAUAUGAACAAUUACAAAGCCGAAGCUCAGAGGAAAUCAGUGCUUUAAAAGUGGUCCUAAAAAAAAGUGUUGAAGAGACUGAGGUAUCAAAGAAUGAACUGGACUGGCUUCAUCAAGACUUAGAAAUAAAAGUGAAAAAAUGGCAACAGGAGAAAAAAGAAAAUCAAGAGAACAUAAAAGCACUAAAGAACACAGCUAAAAAGCAUACAGAUACCAAUGAUAGGUAUUUAAAGACCAUUGAUGAGAAAGAAAAGCAGUAUAAUGUAUAUUUAAAUACAUACAUUGAGAGCAGUAAUAAACUUGCUAAUGAGAAAGUAAAGUUGGAAGAGCUUAUAAAAAAGAGUCAAGAUGACUACCAAGAGUGUGUGAAAAGAGCAGUUAAAGCAGAGGUAUUAGUACUUAAAAACUGGAAGGAAACUGAAGUAUGCAAGCUAAAUGGCAUAGCUGCCAAUGCAGAAGCAAAUCUCAAUAUGUUGAAGUUGUGGAGCAGCAGCUCAGCUUCAGCGGCACCUAAAUUGAAGUCACAGAUUGAUUCUUGGCAAAUAUUUAUUUCAAAUAUAAAGAAACAACUGGAAAAAGUAGAGGCUGAGUAUGAAGAGAAAAUUCAGAUGGUGAAAAAUGGUGAACAGAACUGCCUCACUAAAAUGGAAACUGUGGAGCUUCCUUCUCCUCCCAGUGUCUUAGCAGAACAAGGCAGACCUCCAGUCAGUGAUCCAGCUGUUGGCAUGGAUUCCUCUGCAUCUGCACAUCCUAAUUUACUUUCUGCAUUUUCAAGUUCUGAAGAUCCAGGUCCAACACGUGCUUCAUUUAAUACACAAGCCGGAGUUAAGCCAGCAUAUGCGAAUCCUAAGGCUUGUUCUGCAAGUGGUGGAUUGGUGAAAAUGCACUCCAAACCUCUGGAAGGAUCAUAUUCUGAUAAAGUUUCAGCAACUUGUCCAUCAGGGGUUUCUGGAAGUAAUACUCAGAAUGUCCAGCCAAACCAGAACCACCAAGAUGACUCAACUAUACCACUGAGGCCUUCCAGACUUCCAAGCAACAAAAUGCUUCCAAAAGCACUUGAAAAUAUUAUUGUGCGUCUACAGAGUAUAUUCCCAAACUAUAGCAGUUCCGACUUUACUAGUUUCAUAAAAGAUGUACAAAGAAGAAAUGGGAAUACGUUAUCAGGUUUGAGCUUGGAUGAGAUUCUAAGCAGAGUGACAGAACUCAUUCUGGACCAGCAAAAUAAGGCACCAGAUUCAACAGGGAGACCUGUGAAGUCAGUGUCUUCUGCUUCACCAGCACAGACUGGAACUCGGAGUCGGGAAUUACCUGCAGCAGAAAAUGUGCCCAGCCCAGCCAAGGGAAGACCUGUGCUUAAAAAUGCUUCGAGUAAAAAUCCAUCUCAGCCAAAUCUCCAGCCCUGGGGAAAUGUUGGAGCAACACCCAAAUCUAAAUGGAAAAAACUAGAUGAUACAGUCUCCAGUGAUGAUCCUUGCACAAUAUGUCAUGAUGAGCUAAGCAGAGACUUGUGUGAACUAGAAUGUGGGCAUCAUUUUCACAGAGAAUGCAUUAGAACAUGGCUUAAGCAACAUUCAAGUACCUGCCCUAUCUGCCGCGUUCAUGCUCUCUUACCUGAAGACUUCCCUGAGCUUCCUGCACGGAACAGAUAUGCCUAA